GGGCUUGGCUUGGGUCUAGUUUAUCGUAUGGUUGUCAGUCUCUUGUAUCUUGAGACUAGAAGAUUGAUCGUUUUGAUAAUUGCUGGGAAAAGAGCAAACGGUGAGUGAGCCCCAAGUGUCCCAGGAGGAUCUGUCUGUUAGAUCUCAAAACCUUGAAAUGUUGGAAUGGGUGAGAAGUCUCUGAAAGCCAGCGGGGGCGCGGGGUUGAUACCCAAGCCAAGGAGGGUGUUGAGGAGUCAGAAACAGCUCACAUAGUGCACAUAUUAUUAGGUACUAAAACCAUAGCAGAGACAUUUGCUCAUCUAUUGGUCUCUAGCUUAGUGAAUGCUUUGUACACUUUUACAUACCGACACAGCCCAAAAAACAAACAAGCCCAUUAGCUUCGUCAUCACCCGUACGAGUUACGACGCAUUUUCGCCAGAGCAUUAGGCAUCUGUGUAUUGUACAUCACAGCAGACAAGCACGUGCCCAACCCCCUUUCCGACAUUUACGAAUACGCGGAUAACGUCCACCGCCCAACCCAACCAUGUCGCCAAAAAUCAUCACCGUCAUUGGAUCUCUCAAUACCGACCUCGUAACGCUGACUCCCCGCGUUCCCACCGGCGGCGAAACUUUAACCGCUACUUCCUUCAGUACCGGUCCUGGCGGAAAAGGUGCCAAUCAAGCUGUGGCAUGUGCACGUCUCUCAAGACCCAAUCCCGCUUCCGCCCCAUCUCACACUAGCGAUGUUUUGGUCAAGAUGAUUGGUGCCGUUGGUGACGAUGAAUUCGGUCCCUCCCUCAUCUCCUCCCUCAAAAAUUCUCUCAUCGACACCACCUCGAUCCAGACCAUCCCCGCACAAUCUACUGGCGUAGCAGUAAUCCUCGUGGAAUCUUCCAGCGGCGAAAACCGCAUUCUCCUCUCCCCAGGCGCGAACCACUCCCUCCUCCCUCCCGCCUUCAGCGCCCCCUCCUCCCUUAGCACCCCCCUCCCCUCCCUUCUCGUCCUCCAACUCGAAAUCCCCCUCGAAACGGUUCUGCAAAUCCUCUCCCUCGCCUCCAGCCUCUCCAUCCCCGUCCUCCUCAACCCGGCUCCCGCCGUUCUCCUGCCCGACUCCGCCUACCCCAGCAUAACCCAUCUCAUCCUCAACGAAUCCGAAGCCGCCAUCCUGACUUCGCGUUCCGUCUCCGCUGUCGAAGACCCCUCGUUCGAUUGGCGAAUUGUCACAGAUGAGUUUCUGGGUCGAGGCGUCAAGACCGUUAUCGUAACGCUCGGGUCUAAAGGAGCCAUCCUCGCCACCCCCCAAACCUACACCCACAUCCCCGCCGAAUCCAACAUAAAAGUAGUCGACACCACUGCCGCGGGCGACACAUUUGUCGGCGCCUACGCCGUCGAUCUCGUGCGCCAUACUUCUCCAUCUGCAUUUUCCUCUACUGCUUCAGCCACUCAACCCACCGAUCAAGAUCAAGAUCAAAUCCUGCUCUCCGCUGUCCGAAAAGCUUGUAAAGCUGCCGCCCGAACAGUCGAGAAAGAAGGUGCUCAGAGUGCGAUUCCAUGGGCUGAUGAGAUUGAUGUUAAGAGGAAUUAGUCUACUACCUGCUACCUAGCUAGGUACUCGAAUUUAUAAUUCUUGAAAAUUUUAGAGAUUCCUCUCCAUCCAUAAAAGAGAGUCAGAUAAAUGCUAGCAGAGUAUUUGA